CUCAAGUUCGGUGAAAGCCGACAAACUUCAUCAGUCUGCGAUCCAAGGCCAAGAAAGGAUCGUUUCCCGUCAAAACUUAGAACUGACAUUAGAACAAGAUGUCGUUACCAUUCUUACCAGGAUAUUCUUUCAAUGCCAGCCUUGGCAAAACUAAAUUCCACCGCUCACAACAUUUUGGCCACAACAAUGGUGUGGGCAUGCUCUUGGGAGAAGACAGGCCAGGGAUUGGUGGGGAGUUGCUGCCAGGUCAAAAGGUCAAGCCAAAAAACAGCGUCAUCCCCCGGGGCGAAGGAAGUGCCCUUCCUGCGUGGGUAGCCUUUGACAGACAAGUUCUCUGUUUUGAUGCAUAUUUCCAAGAGGCUGUACAUGAAAAGCGAGAGGAGCAGUACAGAGUCCGUCAGUGUAAAAUUUACUUCUACUUGGAAGAUGACUCGAUCCAGGUGAUUGAGCCCCGAUUAAAGAACAGUGGAAUCCCACAAGGAACAUUGAUUCGUCGACACAGAGUGUCAAAGCCACCUCCACAUGAUGACGAAUUCUACACAGUGGAGGAUUUCAACCUGGGCAAAGAAAUCAAUCUAUAUUCUAAGGUGUUCAAGAUCACCGGCUGUGACCCGUUCACUCAGAAUUUCAUGAGGAAACUUGGUGUCAGACUGCAGGGAAGCUCAGAUGUGCCUGGGGAUCCUUACAUGUCCUAUCGUAAAGCAAUGGAUGAGAGUAUGGAACCCCUUCGACCGUAUGAAAAGAGUGACACUCUGAAACAAUUCCUGGACCACGAUCGUCACGUCCUUCGAUUCUUCUGUUACUGGGACGAUACAGACAGCAUGUUUGGGGAUCCAAGGGAGAUGGUCCUGCACUACUUCCUGGCUGAUGACACGAUAGAGAUUCGUGAGGUCAUCCCACCAAACUCAGGACGUGAUGCCGCUCCAAUGUUUCUGAGGAGGGGCAAGUUGCCCAAGAACAUUGAAGACCUCAAACAGCCAGGGGAGAUAACAGACCGCACUGUGUUGAAUGUGUUUGGACCAACAGGGCAUGGGGGAAGAUACAUUCUUGACAGUUUAAAAACAGGAGCCGUGCACACAGAGUUUUACCAUGACAGUGACCUGACACUGGGGUCAGUUAUCAACGUGUGGGGGCGAAAACUACAGCUGUGUGACUGUGAUGAAUUUACCAAAGAGUAUUACAGAACUAAGUAUGGAUUAGAGGACUUUGGCACUGUUGAAUACAAGAGGCCUACUGGUGUGAAGUUCACCAAACAGUAUCCUCCUUACAAUGGAUUUGGCAGUGAAGAAGAUUCUCUCUGCUCUUGUAUGGGACUUCUGCCGAAACCUCCCAAACGUGACUUCCUGAAGUUCAUGGAGAAAGACCGACAUGGCUUGGACAGCAAUGUGCUGCGAUUCCUCGCACGAAUGGAUACCAACAAACCAAUCGACCUUGACAGGCGAUUCAUCAUCUCUUACUUCCUGUCAGAUGACUCGGUGCUUGUGUUUGAGCCCCCUGUCAGAAAUUCAGGCAUCAUUGGUGGUAAAUUUAUGGAGCGUGGCCGUGUGAAGAAGCCCAACCAGCCAAUGUACAGCACGGAGCUGUCAGAGUACUACAAGGCCAAUGACCUGUAUGUGGGGGCGCACGUACAAUUCAACAGCUUCAAAUUUGUCCUCACAGACGCAGAUGAAUACGCCUUCCACUACAUGGAACAGCACUGUGAUGAGUUCCCAAGAUCAGACAUCAACGCUAUUGUGAACCGUAUUCGAGCUUUGACGGGCCAGAACCAGGACAGGCUGAAGGCCUUCUUCAUGGAGAAUGAUCCCUCUGGUAGUGGUUCCAUCCCCUACCAACAGUUCCAUGCUCUCAUCACACAAAUGACCUCUGAGCUCACCGAGCAGGAAAUCAUGACCUUAGCUCGUCACUUCAGCCCGCGGAAGGAUGAUGGUGGCCUUAACAUUGGCCAUCUCAUAGCAAUGAUACAAGAAGACCUAAGGAAGAAAAACUUUGAAUCCUUUGGCAAGCUCAUUGAGGGAAUGAUGCAGGUUGACACUGCAAAACAAGGUAUCCUGGAUGCUGAUAGUGUGAGGACAGUGUUCCAUGCUCACCAUGUUCCUGUCCCUGAUGAGCUUCUUAGAUCACUUCUAGGGUCUAGAAUGGACGGGUCUGGUAAAGUGUCAUACAGAGAUGUUAUUCAGGAGAUCAACUGGAGAGACAACCCUGUGCCUCCAUCCCAGAGACUAGCCAUCAACACUGAUGAGAACUGGGAGGGAACGCGGAAUAAGUCAGCUGUACAGAACGUCAACUACCAGGCAUUACUGCAAGAUGUCUUUGGCCUCAAAGAUUAGACAAGUCUUCACACGAAAAUCUGAAUGUAUUGACAUUGAAACAGUUCUAAUUUAUCACAAAGUGCAGCAGUGGUUAAAAACUUUUUUUAUAUAUAUAUAAAUUAUGACUCAUAUAAAGCCCAAAAAGGGUUUCAACCUGACCAUGUGUUAGUUUCUGAGGUUUGGUAUGAUAGAAGCAAUGUAGAAAAUAGAGUUCCUGAAUUCUGAGGCAAUACAAGUAUGUUAAAGUGUUAUGU